AGUGUUGCAUAAGGGGCAGCACGUUUCAUCUAUUCUCUGCAAUUCUCUCCGGCGAGUUUUCGAGAGUUUUCGUCACUUGCCGGAGAUUAAUCCGAGUUGCAUUUCGUUAUUGAGUGAUUUUUUGAGAAAUAUGGCUCUCAUUUCUACAAGAGCGAUUUUCAAUCCCGUGCUGAGACAAACCCUCAGGCAGAUCAUCUUCACGAAGCAACUGCCUAAAUGCCAACGUCGUCAUCAAUUGAAUAGUCGACUGUUCCUUCCAACUGUUAUCAGCCAAAGAUUUUAUGCAGAGAAGAAAAUAUUCUCUCGUGACAAACCACAUUGCAAUGUAGGUACUAUCGGUCAUGUAGAUCAUGGCAAAACAACUCUGACAGCAGCUAUUACUAAAGUAUUAUCUGAAAAGGAACUAGCAACAGCUAAGAAAUAUAGUGACAUUGACAAUGCUCCUGAAGAGCAAGCUCGUGGAAUUACCAUUAACGUCGCACAUGUAGAAUACCAGACAGAAAAUCGCCAUUAUGGACACACGGAUUGUCCAGGUCAUGCCGAUUACAUUAAAAAUAUGAUCACAGGAACGGCACAGAUGGAUGGCGCUAUAUUGGUUGUUGCAGCCACAGAUGGUACAAUGCCACAGACUAGAGAACACUUGCUCCUUGCUAAACAAAUUGGUAUCCAGCACAUCAUUGUAUUUAUCAACAAGGUUGAUGCGGCUGAUUCAGAAAUGGUUGAGUUAGUAGAAAUGGAGAUACGAGAAUUGUUUUCUGAAAUGGGCUAUGACGGCGAUAACAUCGCGAUAGUAAAGGGUAGUGCGCUUUGUGCGCUCGAAGGAAAGAAUCCUGAAAUAGGUACACAAGCUAUUUUACAAUUGUUGGAAGCGAUAGACAAAAGUAUUCCGACUCCUCAAAGAGAUCUGGAUAAGCCCUUCCUACUUCCGAUAGAGAAUGUAUAUUCUAUUCCUGGAAGAGGUACUGUGGUCACUGGUAGAUUGGAGCGCGGAAAAAUUAAAAAAGGAAUGGAAAGCGAGAUUAUUGGUCACAACAAAGUUUUGAAAAGUACAAUCACAGGUAUAGAGAUGUUUCAUCAGAUAUUGGAUGAAGCUCAAGCAGGAGAUCAACUCGGUGCUCUAUUAAGAGGUUUGAAGAGAGACGACGUUAGAAGAGGCAUGGUAUUGUGUAAACCUGGUACCAUGAAGGCGUACGAUCACAUAGAAUCGCAAGUGUAUAUAUUGAAGCAGGAGGAAGGAGGCAAAAAGAAACCUGUAACAAGUAUGAUGCAAUUACAAAUGUUUUGUAGAACAUGGGAUAUUGCAGUACAGACUGCUGUAGGAGGGAAUAAAAAUUUAGCCAUGCCAGGAGAGGAUGCUACAUUGAUACUAAAGUUGAUAAAACCAAUGGUAUUAGAAAAAGGACAGCGCUUCACAUUACGAGAUGGAGUAGUGACUGUAGGAACUGGUGUGGUUACUAACACUCUAAAACCGCUUACCGAAUCAGAGCGAGUAGCCCUUCUUGAAGGUAAGAAAGCAAAACAGAAGGAGUUGAAGCAACAAAAACAGUAGAACUCGAAAAAUAUUUGUUGAAAUAAAUCAUAAUCAUGCUAUAACAAAAAGAAACAUAUGUCAAAUCAGAUAGUCGGAUCUCCAUCACAACUGAAAUGAGUCUGUUCAAAAUAUCCGACAUUCCUUUGAAAUGGAAGUUAGUUUGAUAAAUGUGCAAAAUGUGAAACCGACACAGAUAUUGUAAUGCUAAAUAUAUAAGUUAAUUAUA